AAACAACGUGUUUAAAUACAUGCGGCUUGUGUAAGGAAAAAAAUCUUAUUUUACAAAAUAUUUAGCAUUAUUUAUAGUUUUAGUCCCAGUUGUAGGGAAGGGAUUUCGGAAUAUCUUACAUUAAAAAUCCCCUUAUUUUUUUUCUUUUAUACAUCUUUCUAAUAAUUAUAUUAGAAUUAUCUUAUUGUUAAUGAUCUAUAAUUAAUGUUAAAAUAUGAUUAAUGCAAGCGGAUUUUUUUUAAGAAGUGCUCUUAAUUUAAAAAAAUACACCCGAAGUUUUGUUUGGAGUACCUCACAUGACUAUGUUAUUGUUGGUGCUGGCUCUGCAGGUUGUGUUUUGGCCAACCGUUUAUCUGAAGAUCCCAACAACAGAGUAUUGUCAUUAGAAGCAGGUCCACAAGAUGCAUGGUGGAAUUGGAAAAUACAUAUGCCAGCUGCUAUGGUUUACAAUUUGUGCAAUGACAAGUACAAUUGGUAUUAUCAUACUGUACCACAAUCUCACAUGAAUGACAGAGUUAUGUACUGGCCACGUGGUAGAGUCUGGGGUGGAUCAUCAGCUCUUAAUGCCAUGGUUUAUAUUCGUGGACAUCCACAAGAUUAUGAUCGAUGGGAAAAAGAAGGCGCAGCAGGAUGGUCAUAUAAAGACUGUUUACCAUACUUUAAAAAAUCACAAACCCAUUCAUUGGGAGAAAAUCAUUAUAGGGGUGGAAAUGGGCCACUUCAUGUAACAAGAGGUUCAAUGGAAAACCCUCUUUUUCAAGCAUUUCUGGAUGCAGGACAGCAAGCUGGUUAUCCAUACACUGAUGAUGUUAAUGGCUAUCAACAAGAAGGUGUUGGUCCUUUUGAUAGAACUAUUUACAAAGGAAAAAGAUGGAGUACUUCUCAAGCUUAUCUGCGACCUGCUCUAAACAGACCAAAUUUAAAAGCCCGUCAUAAAGCUUUUACUUACAAAAUAAUAUUUGAUGGUACAAAAGCACUAGGUGUAGAGUAUGUUUAUGGCUCAGAGAUUCGGAGAGCAAAAGCAAAUAAGGAAGUAAUUUUAUCAGGAGGUGCCAUUAACACACCUCAUUUACUUAUGUUGUCUGGUGUUGGAGAUGCUAAAGAACUUGCUAAGCAUGGCAUCCCUGUAGUUGCUCAUUUGCCAGGAGUUGGUAAGAAUUUGCAAGAUCAUCUUGAAGUAUAUAUUCAAAAUCGCUGCAUUCAGCCUGUGACUUUAUACAAGCAGACACGUUUAUGGAAUAUGCCACUUGUUGGUGCAAAGUGGCUUUUUGCAAAAAAAGGAGAGGGAAGCACAAGUAGUAUGGAGGCAGGUGGGUUUAUUCGAACGCGCAAAGAAGUACCUCAUCCUGAUGUACAGUUGCAUUUUUUGCCUUUUGCUGUUAAAGACCAUGGAAGACAGUAUCCGGACGGACAUGCAUAUCAAGUUCAUGCUGGAACAAUGCGAGCAACAAGUCGUGGAUAUAUUGCUCUUAAAUCUCGUCAUCCUUAUGAUCAUCCUCUUAUUAAUCCAAACUACCUUUCUACCAAUGAGGAUAUUAUUGAUAUGAGGGAAUGUGUUAAAUUAUCACGUGAAAUUAUGGCACAAGAUGCCUUUUUGCCAUUCAGAGGAGACGAGUUGUUACCAGGCGUCAACGUAAAAACAGAUUUAGACAUUGAUAACUUCAUUAGAGCACAUGGAGAAUCUGCUUAUCACCCAUCAUGCACUUGUAAAAUGGGACAAGAUAAAGAUCAAAUGGCUGUAGUAGAUAACGAAACUCGUGUGAAAGGAAUCGAAAACUUGCGUAUUGUCGAUGCAUCUAUUAUGCCAUCAAUUAUCAGUGGUAAUCUAAAUGCACCAGUAAUUAUGAUGGCAGAAAAAGCAGCCGAUUUAAUUCUUGGUAAAAAAUCUCUCCCACAAAUCCCUCUAAAUGAAUUUUCUUCAACUUCUUCGAUCAACAAUAAUACUAUUAAGAACUAAAGAAUACAAAAGGUUUUUAUAUCAAACUCUAUGUCAAUUCAAGCGCGCUUUAGAGAUAUUUGGUUAGUUAGCAUACAAAAAUAUUGUAUUAGAAACCAUAAAUCUAUACUUUUUAUCCGCAAUUGACGUACUGUCACUUUUUUUUUUUUUGCAACAGUAAAAUUAAAGUUUUUUUAUUUCCUGUUUUUAUUAACUAAUGUGCAUUAAACUCAUCGAGUUUUCAAGAAUGCUGUUGAAAUUUAUGCGUUUUUGAUAAUUGCUUAGGGGAAUAAAUUUUCUGUUUACAAUAAGAAUUUUCAGUAUUUUUUGUUCUUUUUGUUUAUUUGUGUUAAUCAGUACAUAGUUGAGUCUUGUUAUAAUUCUUUUUAAAUUUUUUUUGCAGUUAUAUCUAUAAAUGUAAUCAAGUUUGCCAUUUAAUGCCAACUGACCAUUUAAUUCUAAUACUUGUAAAUAAACAGUCCGUUGUCGUUUUCCGCUCUUGAUAAGAGUUACCAAUACUAAGAACACAAUCGUAGCUUUUUUAA